AUUAGUACACUCUUCGAUAUUUUUCUUCGACCAAAAUCUCGUCUGUGAAAAGCAAUGACGAAUUGCGAAUGUUAUACGAAAAUGCACAGUCGCAGGAACGUACAAGUUUUUGCACGAGGUGAGCACACACCUUGUCGCAUGUAAUUCGUGGAAAUGGUCGCCGAGAUGAUUAAGAAAGUUGUUUUUCCUCUAAGGAAAUUCUAUAUAUUUCGCAAGCAUCGCAUGCGUACAGUUUUAGCCUUAUUGGACAGGAGACCUAUCGUACCUAAUUGGCGAUGCGACUGACAAAGGCGCGUAUAGUGCGUGGCAUAUUUUUCAAUUUUGGCGUGUUAUCACGUUACAAUAUUAUUUUCUCACGUGUAUUUGUCGUAAUUGAGAAACAUAACGGAAUGAAAAAAAUCUAAUCGCAAAUGAGUGACGUAUUAGUGGAAACUUCGCACCACACAGCCAGGUAAAGGGAUUCAUGAUAUUCGAUAGGUUUCGAGAUAUAAUAUUCAUAAACAAUCGUUGUGUCCCCGACAUCGGCGCAGGCGUGACCAUCGUCGCUUCAUUGCGCUAUGCUGUCCAUACUUCAUAUUGUCCUAGCACCUGCUACCCGAAACAAGACACAAGAAUCAUUCGUUUAUCGGUGCGACCUUAAUCGACUUCGCUAUGUCAACCAGGACGAAAACGUUACCCAUAUUGAUUUUCGCUGCCUUUUUGCCAUUUGUGAUCUGUCAAACACCAAUGAAUUUACUGGUUGUAAUAGAGGAAGCUGAUUCGUAUAUCUUGGGUAUAUUAAAUGAUGCGGUUCCAGAAGCAGAACGGAAUUUUGCUAACGAUAUGAUCACCGUUCAGGUUUCCACCGUUACAGUAAAUCGCGAGAAUGUAGAUGCGAGUUUUGAAAAAGUAUGUGCCAUUCUAUAUAAAGGAAUAAGCAUUAUAUUAGACAUGACGUGGACCGGUUGGGAUAAAUUACGAAAUAUUGCUGAUGAAAGAGGCAUAAUAUACAAACGUGGCGACUGCAGUAUAAAUCCAUAUGUCCAAGCUAUUGACGAUCUUUUAAUUAUGAAAAAUGCUACAGAUGUUGGUUUGAUCUUUGAAGAUGAAAGAGAACUAAAUCAAAGUCUUUAUUAUCUUAUUGGGAAUUCAAUAAUUAGAUUAGUAGUCAUUGACGAAUUGACAGAAAGAACCGUGUCGAAAAUACGAAGUAUGCGGCCGUCACCGUCUUAUUAUGUUAUCUAUGCUAAUACACCGAAAAUGGAAGAACUGUUUAAAACGGCUAUAGAGGGAGGUCUGGUUAAAAGAGAGGGUAUUUGGAAUUUAGUAUUUACAGACAAUAACUAUCGUGACUUUCGAUUUAUCACCGGUGAUUUUAACUUAAAUGUUUCAUAUACCAUUCUCACUAUGAAAACUGAUAUUUGUUGCCGUUUAAUAGGCGAAGCAUCCUGCAAUUGUCCUGCAAAUUUUAAGAUAUUCCCUUACUACUUCAAACGUUUAGUCGGCUUAAUUGUAAGCUUGAUGAGCGACGUUCAAAGAGCGGGUGUAAAUGUAAGGCCAAAGACAGGUGAAUGUGAUAAACCCGUUAAUUCCACUUCAAGUUUGAACGCUACAGCGGAAACAUUCAACAAAAUUCUGAUGACAAGACUGGAUAGUAAUGAUACUUUCGAAUAUUGGUCAGAGAAGGCAAUGAUCACUUACAAGGCAGAAAUUGAGCUACAAACAGUCAGUCGUGGUUCCCUUGAUGCGCUCGCAACUUGGACGAGACGUACAAAAAUUAAAGAAGCAGACGGGCAGAAAAUAGAACCAGCGAGGCGAUUCUUCCGGAUUGGAACGGCACCGGCAGUACCUUGGACAGUUCUUAAAAAAGACCCAGUGACAAAUCAAGAAAUGCGUAGGAAUGAGGAAGGAAAGGAAAUCUGGGAAGGUUACUGUAUUGAUUUCGUAAAAAAAUUGUCUGAAGAGAUGCAGUUUGAUUAUGAUCUUGUUAUUCCUGAAGAUGAAGAAUUUGGCAGAAAAUUACCCAAUGGUGAAUGGAACGGUCUAAUAGGCGAUCUAGCUAAAGGAGAAACUGAUAUUGUUGUGGCGGCAUUAACGAUGACAUCGGAACGUGAAGAAGUCAUCGAUUUUGUUGCACCGUAUUUCGAACAAUCCGGUAUUCUCAUCGUAAUGAGGAAGCCAGUUCGUAAAACAUCUUUAUUCAAAUUCAUGACAGUACUAAGACUCGAAGUCUGGCUUAGCAUCGUGGGGGCUUUAACUUUGACCGGAAUUAUGAUUUGGAUACUGGAUAAAUAUUCACCAUACAGUGCGAGGAAUAAUAAACGACUCUAUCCUUAUCCGUGUCGAGAAUUUACAUUGAAGGAAAGCUUUUGGUUCGCAUUAACAUCUUUUACACCACAGGGUGGUGGCGAAGCUCCGAAAGCAUUGUCAAGCAGAACUUUGGUUGCAGCUUAUUGGCUAUUUGUUGUACUGAUGCUUGCUACAUUUACUGCAAACUUGGCUGCCUUUCUUACCGUGGAAAGAAUGCAGUCACCCGUGCAAUCGUUGGAGCAGUUGGCGAGACAAUCACGCAUAAAUUAUACUGUUCUGGCUAAUUCCAGUGCUCAUCAGUAUUUCAUAAAUAUGAAAAAUGCCGAGGAUAAACUUUACACAGUAUGGAAAGAAAUUACAUUAAAUAGUACUAGUGAUCAAGUCGAAUAUCGUGUCUGGGAUUAUCCAAUAAAGGAACAGUAUGGUCAUAUUUUGCAGGCUAUCACUCAAGUUGGUCCUGUAAAAACUACUGAAGAAGGUUUUAAGAAGGUGAUAGAGAGCGAAAAUGCCGAGUUUGCGUUUAUUCAUGACUCUUCAGAGAUAAAGUACGAAGUGACGAAAAACUGCAAUUUGACAGAAGUGGGUGAAGUGUUUGCCGAACAACCAUAUGCCAUUGCCGUGCAACAAGGCAGUCAUUUGCAGGAAGAAAUAAGCAGAAAGAUUCUCGAUUUACAAAAAGACAGAUAUUUUGAGACGUUAGCAGCUAAGUAUUGGAAUCAAACGUUGAAAGCACAAUGUCCAAAUUCUGACGACAAUGAAGGAAUUACAUUAGAGAGUUUAGGAGGUGUAUUUAUUGCGACAUUGUUUGGACUUGCUUUAGCAAUGAUUACUCUAGCCGGCGAGAUUCUUUAUUAUCGUAAGCGCAACCUUUCUCAGAAAGGAAAACAGGACAAAGGAAUGAUUAAAGAUAGCGAGAAAGAUAAGAUCAUUAUGCAGAAAAUCGCAUCAAAGCUUCAAAUGAAACCUGCGCCUACCGACGCAAUUUUCGGAAAGCAACUUAAUCAUACUCCUCGUGUUUCUCAUAUUUCUGUUUAUCCACGACAUUUCUCUUUUAAAGAUUAAGUCACACUUCUCAACGACAAUCUGUUAAAUCUAUAAAUCUGUUUGUUUUACAGUUUAUUCUUAAUUCUUGAUAUCUUUGAUUUCUUUUUUAAGUACGAAAUUAUAAUUAUACGAACUUAUUUAUUUAUUUAUUUAGGUUUUUAAGUCAAUUGAAUUACAAUAUUGAGUUAAUGUCUGAAAGAAUGUUACGACAGUUUGUACAAAUUGUUGUUAUUAUAAUAUUGGAUUAACAUUAUAUAUUAACACUAUCUGCAUGGAUGCAGAAUUGAAUUUAAACGAUUGAUGAUUAUAUUUGCUUUUUAUUGUUCAAUAUAAUUGUGUUUAUGUAAUUUUAUAUCUCUACAAAAAUGUUGCACUUACAUUAAUGAAUACACGAUAUGUUUUGUUACAUUAAGGUAGUUAAAUACUGAUAGAUCGUUGCAUCAGUAAUCGUAUAAUAUUGUCUUAGGCAAUGUUUUUAAUUAAAUAUAACGUUAUACAUAUUUACAAAAGCAUUUAACAAUAUGUUUC